ACAUCAUAUUAGCGACAUCGAUUUACACUCGCCUGACCCUUUUGACCUCUCAGAUCGUCUCAUUCUGAAUACAUCAAACAUGAGGUCGUCCACCCUCAUCGCCCUCUUGCCCCUUUUGGCGGCUACCCAUGCCGCCGCACACCGCUCGCACGAUCGUCACCAUCAACACGGCGAUGACGAGGCGAGCAUCAACAUCAAUCACCACCACCAUCAGCACGACGACACCAACAAGGCGGCAUCUUCAAGGAUCGCUCGCAAGUCGCUAGGCUUUGGACCGGUACACGAACAUGCGAGGUUCGUUGUUCCUGAGCAGGAUUCGACUUUGCACGAGCCCGAGGUCGGGUUCGAUGGAAAGGCAGGCGUAAACGUAGCGAGGAUUGCUAGGGACGUCGUUAGGUCUAUCGAAGGGUUGGAGGGAGCUGUCGAGGGAGAGGACUAUUUUGUCAGGGAGGACACCUACACCGACCUCCGUACUCUUGUCACUCACAUCUACAUCAGACAGCUCGUCAACGGGCUCGAAGUCAUUGAUGGAGACAUCAAUAUCAACGUUGAUGAGACUGGGAGGGUGAUCAGCCUCGGGGACAGCUUCUCUCGAACUGCCUCGAACACCAAGGCGCAAGACGCGUUCUUUGCCUAUAUCGACAAGUUUACCCCUCGUACCGACUCGAAUGCUCGAGAAUGUAUAGAUAUCAAUACCAAGGUCGAAGUCGUCAGUGCCUACUUGGACAAGCUCCGAGCCGGGAUCUCCAAGGUCCGAGAGAUCGAGCAAGGUCGAGCUGGCAAGGAGGACGAGGCUGGACCUGGAGGGAUCAGGGAGAUCGUUCGGGGAGCUAUCGGAAUCGUCAAGGAUUAUCUCCUCGGUCCCACUUCUUCCUCCGUGAACAAGAACGACCACUCCGAGAUUGAAGCCCAGAUCAAGGAGAUCAUGCUCGAACUCGAAGAGCAUACCUUGAACCCGACCGCGCUCUUUAAUCGGCUGGAUCUCGUCGAGGCGCAUUUGGAACGGUUGCAUGAUCAUGCCGCCGUCGUCUGCACCGAGGGGGUCAAGAAGAAGAUCAUCGUAAUGCCUUACGAAGAAAUUGAGGGUAAAGAGGAUGAGGUAAUAGAGGUAGAAAACGGGCACAGUCCUAUCGACGCCGUCCUCGCGCUUUUGCAACACUUUGCCGACCGAACGGGCAGUCUCCCUACGGAACAAGCGAUGCGAAAUUCGAUUACGCUCGAAGAAGAGGAGUCUCCCGCCUUUUUCGCUCCGAUCCCCAACGGCCAAGGCGGACCGAGCUUCAUUGUCAAGGGUCUUCCUUCUGCAGAUGAAGGCGGUGUCGCGAGUCCCCCAAGCGUGAGGUUGGGAUAUCAUCAGACUUCUGAGGGCGGGUUGGAGCUGGUCUGGAGGUGUGUAGUCGAAAUGAAGGAGAAUUGGUACGAGGCUAGCGUCGGGACCAACGAUCUGAAGGUCGUUGCCGUUGUCGAUUGGGCUUCGGACGCCCCGCCUUCGGCCAAGAGGAACAAGAAGGGGGACAAGCAGAAGCCUUUACCGAUUCCUCACAAGCAGGGCAAGCCUUACACGUAUACCGUCUUUCCGUUCGGCGUCAAUGACCCAUCCGUAGGCAACCUCUCUUCGGAGCAUGCCCCUUGGGACCUGGUCGCCUCGCCGGCCGGAUGGCACGCCAUUCCCGACUCGAGCAACUCAUACGCUCGGCAAUCGAUCCCGGGUAUGAAGACGGGAUUGAAAGGACCUUGGGUCGAGGGCUACGAGCCUGUCGAGGGGGAGAUGACUGGUCGGUACAGGAACGGAACGUGGAGCUCGUUCGCUACCACUAUGGGGAACAAUGUCUUUGCUCAGGAGGACUGGGAGGGUCAGAACUCGUGGUUGCAUAAUGGCCGACCUGUCAAUUCGUCCUACAUCUUCGAUUACGAGUAUGGCGAGCCUGACGGUCUCCGACCCAAGGAAUACAUCGAUCUCGCGGUAACUCAAUUGUUCUACACGAGCAACAUGUACCACGACCUGCUGUACCGUCUCGGAUUCGACGAGGCGAGCGGUAACUUCCAGAUGGACAACUUUGGCAAGGGUGGAUUGGGCGGAGACGCUGUCAUCUGUCAAGCGCAGGAUGGGUCCGGGACCGAUAACGCUAACUUCAUGACCCCGCCUGACGGCUCUCAACCUCGGAUGAGGAUGUAUGUUUGGGACACUGCUACGCCCUUCCGAGACGGCGACCUCGAGGCCGGUAUUGUGAUUCACGAGUACAGUCACGGGUUAUCGACCCGAUUGACCGGUGGACCCGCCAACAGUGGUUGUCUCGGAUACGGCGAGGCCGGUGGAAUGGGAGAAGGUUGGGGUGACGCUUUCGCCACGCUCAUCCGUCAGACUACCGAGUAUGGUACCCACGAAGAGGAGUACGGCAUGGGCGCCUGGGCUGCCAACCGAAAGUCUGGUAUCCGCAACUAUGUCUAUUCGGCCAACAUGACCUCGAACCCGUCCACCUUCAAGACGCUCGACAAGCCGGGUUACUGGGGAGUCCACGCUAUCGGAGAAGUCUGGGCGGAGAUCCUGUUUGUCGUCGAGCAACGAUUGAUCGCCAAGCACGGGUUCUCCAAGACGCUCUUCCCUCCCGUCAACACUACCGAGCCCAACGACUACUACCUCCCCAUCAACUCAACCUUGACCUCGUUUGCUGGCCGUCCCUCAACUCGACCCCGCCUGGUCCCUAAGCACGGCAACACUUUGCUCGCCCAUCUCUUGGUCGAAGGAAUGAAGCUUCAACCUUGUCGACCCAGCUUUGCUGCGGCCAGAGACGCCAUUAUCCAGGCCGACUUGAUCCUCACCGGAGGCAACAAUACGUGUGACAUCUGGAAGGGAUUCGCCGAGCGAGGGCUCGGUCCCGAGGCCAAGACGUUGGGUCAGUUACCUUGGGGAGGCGGAGUCAGGUCCGAGGACUACAGCGUUCCCAAGGUCUGCGGCAGCAAGUCCAAGGACGAUUAGUUCCACAUGAUGGCGAGCUGAGGGAGGGCCGGAUGUUAAUUUCGUCCCACCAGUUUUGGUGGGACG